AUUACUAAGCUAAUUUAGAAGUAUAAUUUGCACCUUAAUUCUAGCUAUUGUUGUGUUGCACACUUUUCAUAGCUCAAACAAUUGAGCACUGUUUGAAUCUGUACUAGUAUACUACCACCUUUUGGAUGAUAAGAGUUCUUUGCUUAUAAAUGAUAUAGAUCGUAUCGUUGGCAAGUCAGAUCAAAUAACUAAAGAAAAUGACGUAAAGAGACCGUGUGUGUCUUUGGAAUGAUGUAGCUGGUUAUAUCUCUUUAAUCUGGCAAGAGAUUAACUAAGGCUAAAUGUAAUUAUUUUGUAUAAAUUUUAUGUGGUUUCACCCUCUAGUUCAUUAUUUUUUAAUUUCAUCUUUGCUUUCAGUUCCACGGCAGAAUCAUUUCGUGUCUUACAGCUUUCAAUGAAAAGUUCUACUCGUUAGCCAGUUUAGAUUCUCCCUCUUAAACACAGGAUUGAAAAAAGAAUUUCAAAAUGAUUAAUACUUCAGCUAUUUGUUUGCGUGCAAGAUGUCUGAUAUUCUACGGAAAGUUGCCUUCACGAAAAAUUAGCAGUAUGGUAAUGCUAACUUUAAAUUUUAAUGCGAAAGCAAAUUUUCAUAAGCCUUCUGACAGCUCAUUAAACACUUCUUAGUCCGUAUUGUCACACAUAAAGUCAUGUAGCUGUCUUUUGGGCGUUUGGUUAGGAUAGGACUUUGAAUGAGUAGGAAAAAUGCCGCGUAUGUUUCACUCUCUUCUUCUCUUGACCUUUCACCUGAGCCUCGUAACUGCUGAGAAUCAAUGCAGGACAGAAGUGAACAUGCCCGGUGUCGCUCUGAGAGGUUUUGUGUUUAAGAACAUGACAGUCACAGCUCCGAGCAGGUGCGAUGCCAAAUGCUUAGGUGAAAUAACCUGCCAAAGUUAUAACUACCACAUGGAGAAGAACAUUUGUGAACUGAACAACCGAACCAAAGAAGCAAGACCUGAAAAUCUUCGCUCCAACACUUCGUGGUUUUAUAUCAGAAGAUUAAUUGAAAGAGUUCCCCUCGGUUCCAUUCCAGAAUUGGCAGCAUCAUCUUGCCAGGAAGUGAAGGCGAGCGAAGGUCCUGGCAUCAUCAGCACUAAAUACUGGUUGGAUCCAAAUGAGAGUGGAAAGCCAUUUUUGUUUUACUGUGACAUGAACCGAGAAGAUCCUGCAUCAAACUUCCAGCUUUCUUUUGACGACAAAUCCGUCUCAGAUUACGCACAAUUUUAUAUGGAUAGUGAUUUUUCUCCGCUUAACGCUUUCACCUUGUGUCUAUGGAUGAGGCCUGCUUCUCAAUUGGAUAGUAGUUGUGUUUUCAGUUAUUCACUACCAGACGAGCAAAACGGAAUUCUGAUUUGCGACUACGUCGAGAGUUUGAUGUUUGUGAUAUACGGCUAUAUGAGAAAUGUACAUUUGCCUCGUGGUGAUGAAGAGCUGAUUCACAUAUGUGCCGCCUGGGAGAACACCGCUGGAUCGUGGAACUUUUACAUAAAUGGCUCACUUGUGGAAAGUGACCUGGACUUUGCGGCUGGCCAAGUGAUCGCCAGUAGUGGUAUUUUUAUCUUGGGACAGGAUCAAGAUGAAUUUGGUGGAGGUUUUGAGCAAGAGCAAAGCUUCUUUGGCCAGAUGUAUGGCGUGAAUAUGUGGGAUAGAGUACUGACGGCUGAAGAAAUAACCAUCAUGUCCACAAAUUGUACAUUUGGAGUCGGUAACUUUCUGAGGUGGAGUGACUUCAUUCCCGGUUUGCAUGGGAAUGUCAAACUAACUUCACCAGCGUCUUGUGAGCCAUGACGUAACAGAAUGCCUUUAUCCUACCUUGAAUAGCAACCCAGGACCAUUCAAAACAAACAUGAAAUGAAAAUAGAAGCAGAAUACCAUACUUAUAUGCCACGACAUCAAAUUGAUUUAUUAAUUGAUCUUCAUAAGUUAUAGCAGUCGUAAUCAAGCUUAUUUCAGCUUUAAAUAAUUCAAAUUUA